UUCUAAAGUCGUUGUUCAAUAAUGGAAAAACAACAACAUACCUUGAUCAUUUUCAUCUUCAUCUCCACCUAUGUUAUAAGUUCAACACACCCAUUAAUGGUGAUCCCAAGGCUAAGUCCAAUUCCUGAAUGGGAAACAAUCUUAUACAACAAUAACUUUGCAUCAUCAUCACUCUCUUCAGAUGAUGUGAAAACAUUUUAUUACAACCAAACAUUGGAUCACUUCAACUAUAAGCCUCAGAGUUAUCAAACAUUUCAACAAAGAUAUCUAAUGAAUUUCAAGUAUUGGGGUGGUGCCAAUUCUAGUGCUCCAAUAUUUGCAUAUUUGGGCGCAGAAGCACCCAUUGAUGGUUCCCCUGAAGGCUUAGGAUUUAUCACCGACAAUGCUGCUUCCUUUAAUGCUCUUUUACUAUACAUAGAGCACCGAUACUAUGGAAAAUCAAUACCAUUUGGAUCAAGGGAAGAAGCAUUGAAGAAUGCAAGUACAAUUGGAUAUUUCAAUUCAGCUCAAGCCAUAGCUGACUAUGCAGAACUCAUCAUACAUAUAAAAAACACAUACUCCCUGAAGUCUCCUGUAAUUGUAUUUGGAGGAUCAUAUGGCGGAAUGCUUGCUUCAUGGUUUAGACUAAAAUACCCUCACGUGGCAAUUGGUGCUUUGGCCUCAUCAGCUCCAAUCCUCUACUUUGAUGACAUCACGCCACAUGACGGAUACUUCUCUAUUGUCACUAGGGAUUUUCGAGAAGCGAGUGAGACAUGCUACGAAACUAUAUUCAAGUCUUGGUCUGCAAUUGAAACAGUAGCGUCUCAGCCAAACGGCCUUUCCAUUCUUAGUAACAAAUUCAACACCUGCUACCCCUUAAACAACUCUUCGGACUUAAUAUCGUAUUUGGUGUCGAUGUAUGCUUCAGCAGCUCAGUACAAUCAUCCACCAACAUACCCAGUUACUAUGAUCUGUAAUGCCAUAGAUAAAGCUUUUUUUGAAAAUGAUACUUUGAAUAAGAUAUAUGCAGGUGUCGUGGCUUUUACGGGAAAUGCCACUUGCAAAGUUAAUGCUCCCCAAAAUGUAACCGACACUACCCAGGGUUGGAGGUGGCAGACAUGUAGUGAGAUGGUGAUCCCCAUUGGAAUAGGAAAUGAUUCAAUGUUCACAGCUGAUCCUUACAAUUUUGAGAGCUUUGCCAAUGGCUGCCAGAAAGAAUUUGGUGUCACUCCUCGUCCCCAUUGGGUCACUACCUAUUAUGGAGGCCAUGAUAUAACAUUGGUCCUUCAAAGAUUUGGCAGCAACAUUAUUUUCUCCAAUGGGUUAAGAGAUCCUUAUAGUAUUGGCGGAGUUCUGAACAACAUUUCAGACAGCAUUAUUGCUAUCAAUACAGUUAACGGAUCUCAUUGCUUGGAUAUUCUGAGUGCAAAGGAAACUGAUCCAGAAUGGUUGGUACAACAACGAAAGAAAGAGACCGAAAUCAUGAAAGGAUGGAUUACACAGUAUUAUGCCGAUCUUGCUGCACUCAAUGAGACUUGGACACUCUUCAGUCCUUAGCAUAUAUAUUAUAAGGCUAAAAUUACAAACCUUUAUAAUAUAUAGCCCAAACAAGCCUUUAUAUUUGAAGUAUAUACAAUAGAAAUUACUUGAUCAUAUAUAGUAAUGUAAUGUCACAAUGUUCAACAAGAAAAAUUACUAGUUACUAUCAUUUCUUAUAU